UGGGCGAAGUAGUAAUGUAAAUAACAUUUGGAGUUUAUUAACUUCGAGAAGUUAGUGUACAUUGUGCCAGGAAGUGCAAAAUCCAUUGUCUGUAAAUCGUAUCAAAAAUGGAAGAAUUACGAUAAAUUGUGUUGCUUUGAGAGAUCGGAGCUGAAUGAAUGAGAUGUCCUUGAAAUAAUUGUGAUUCGUCGGCGGUUCUUGUUUGAGAAAUAUAUACUCAGAAUAUCGCAAAGAGUACACACCAUGUUGAAGCGAUCUUUAAAAAACAGACUCAAAACUCGGGAAUCCAACAGUUCCAUCAGUAUGGACAAGAUCAUAGGCAAAAUGCAAGAGGGAAUGACUAUGACGAGAUUUUAUCCGUCAGGCAAACGGAAGCCGGAAAAUCGAGUUUAUUAUGUGAAUGUUGAGAGAAUGCUUUUCUACUGGACGAGACCUGAUCGGCCGGUCGAGGGUUCAGUGAAAAUCCGUGACGUCAAAGCUAUUCGCCGUAGUACCUGUUCUAAGGAUUUUGAAAAAAAUAUUGAUUAUCUGAGAAGGGUUGAUUUCAAUUGUUGCCUAGUGAUUCUGUAUGGAACAACAUUUAAUCUUAAAACUCUGAGCUGUGUAGCUCAAACAGCACAAGAAUGCAGUUACUGGGUAGAUGGUUUGACUUAUCUAAUAAAUAUGCCUAUUGCUAAUCCUUUUGUUGUGAGUAGAUGGCUUCAAACGGAAUGGAACAUGCUUCUUCCUGUUAAUCAAAAUGGAAUCACAAUGAAAGAAUUAAAACAGUUUCUACUGAGGUCUAAUGUGAAGAUGAGCGUAGCUGAAAUGACGGCUAAAUUUCAGACAAUCAGUGAUGUAAAUAACAAUGCAGUUAUUGAUUUCAAAGGAUUCAAAGCAUUCUAUGAAAGUUUAAUGAACCAUCAAACUGUUGGCCAAUAUUUUUAUACCUUGUCUAAAGAUAGAAAAAAUGUUCUAUUUAAACACUUCAGAAGUUUUUUAAUGAUGGACCAAAAGGAAACGUUUGCGAAGAAUGUUGAGACAGUGAGGCAACACAUUGUUCAAUAUUUGGGCGGAGAUAGAGGUGCGGAACCAUACCUGUCUCUACCAGAGUUUUUAGAUUAUAUAUUUUCGAAGACGAACAGCGUGUUUAAUGAGGAGCAUGCGAAAGUUUACCAAGACAUGACUCAUCCUCUCAGCCAGUACUGGAUUGCGUCUUCACACAACACAUAUUUGACUGGCAAUCAACUCUUGAGUGAAUCGUCAGUCGAAGCGUAUGUAAGAUGCCUGAGGAUGGGUUGUCGUUGUGUUGAAUUGGAUUGUUGGGACGGUCCUGACAAUCAACCCGUUAUCUAUCAUGGCAAAACAAUUACGUCGAAAAUAAAAUUCUCAGAUGUCAUCAGGGCAAUAAAAGAAAACGCUUUUGUUGCAAGCAAGUACCCACUCAUUCUUUCCAUUGAAAAUCACUGCAGCAAUGUCCAGCAAAGAGUUAUGGCGCAAAGUUUUCGCGAUGUUUUCGGAGAUUAUCUCUUAACAAGUCCUGUAAACCCAAGCGAGGGUUCCCUACCUUCGCCAGAAGAUCUAGCUUACAAAAUUAUCAUUAAGAAUAAAAAACUUGCUGCUGUUCCUACCGACCAAGGUACAGACGAUGUCCUGUGUGACACUGCUAUGGACGGGAUUCUUUACUUGGAAGAUGAGUUUGACAAGAUUUGGAGACCUCAUUUCUUUGUGCUCAGCAACAACAGACUUGAUUGGACGGAAGAACAGACUGAUUCUGAAGACCAAGAUGAUGAUGAAAAUUCCUACGAGGAACAACCUGAAGAAGAUGAGGCUUCAUAUUUUGCAUUGUUUCAUCGCGGAAUCGAUGGAGUUGCAGCGACCAAACUUCUUCAACUUUACAACAAAGGAAAUGGUUCUUUUCUUGUGCGAGAGUCGUCGAAGGGAGAUAAUACUUACAGCAUUUCAUUUUGGCGCAACGGCUGUGCCCAACAUUGCAGAAUCAAGACAAAACAAGUUGAUGGGGAGACAUCGUAUUCUCUCGGCGAGACCGAUAGUUUUGUCAAUCUCUACAGUUUGGUGGAUUUUUAUCAAUCGCAUCCAUUACGAACGCCUCAGUUUGAAAUAACUUUGACCGAACCAAUUUCACAGCCAAACGCUCAUUUGGACAAAGGGUGGUUUCACACAUCGCUGACCCGCGACCAGGCAGAGAAUAUGUUGAUGCGGGCACCUCAGGAUGGAUCAUUUCUCGUUCGCAAAAAAGAGACGACGGAAAAAAAUCAAGAGGCUUUUGCCAUUUCAUUCAAGGCCGAAGGCAAAGUAAAACAUUGUCGUAUUAUUCAAGAGGGAAGGCUGUUCACAAUUGGUACAGCCCAAUUUGAGUCGCUCGUUGAAUUGGUUGAUCAUUACACGAAGUUUCCACUCUACAGAAAGAUCAAGUUAAAGAAACCGAUUAGUGCUAAGAUGUACGAAGAUACUGACCUGGAUCCAGGCGAAUACGACUCUGACAUCUACCAAGAUUUGUACUUGAAUCCCACGUUUGCUACGAAGCCGGUGUGCAGAGCAUUAUGGGAUUACACGGCAACAGGCGAAGGGGAGAUGUCCUUCUGUAUGGGAGCAUUCAUCACAAAUGUUGUCAAAGGUGAUCGUGGAUGGUGGCGCGGUGAUUUUGCCGAUUACAAGCAAGCUCUGUUUCCUGCAAAUUUCUGUGAAGAAAUCAAUGUUAUGACUGGUGUCGUAAACGACAGCGAAGGGGAAAGCAGUCGGCCGCUGGGGGAAUCUCAAAAAGGCUCCAUGAAUGUGAGCAAUUGUAAGAUAGAACCUCUCCCACCCCGCGGUGGACUCAAAAUGCUGAUCAGAAUCACGGCCGAUGGACAGAAACCGCUGGAAGUCGCGGCGAAGAGCAUUCAGGAUAUGGAAGCCUGGGUGGAAUGUAUUAAGAGCUCAUCAAGCCAACUGAAUAGACAGGAGAGCAAGAAAACUGCAACUAUUAAAGUUCAACCAGGCGAAGAAAAAAUUGAUAAAAUGCUUUCAGAUUUGGUCGUCUACUGUCAGACAGUUCCAUUCGAUUUUGAAGGGAUUGGCACGGGGAAACAUUACGAAAUGUCGUCGAUAUCCGAGUCGAAGAUCGACAAAUACACGAACCCGAAGAACAGCGCCCGUUUUAAUCUGUACAACCACAAUCAGCUGACACGAGUGUACCCGAAGGGCACACGGGUUGAUUCGACAAAUUACGAUCCUUCAAUGAUGUGGAGUUGUGGCGUCCAAAUGUGCGCACUGAAUUAUCAAACGUCAGAUCGACCGAUGCAACUAAAUCACGGGCGUUUUAUGGAUAAUGGGGGAUGCGGUUACGUCCUAAAACCUGACUGUACGAGAUUAGAAAAUUUUGAUCCUUAUCAACCGAGUAUGCUGGAAGGCGUCAAAGCAGUCACGGUGAACUUGACAAUCAUCGCCGGUCGACAUCUCCCGAAGAUUGCCCGAGGGAUUACGUCGCCGUUUGUGGAGGUCGAAAUAAUCGGCGCAUACUACGAUACGUAUAAAUAUAAAUCAAAAACGCAAGCUGAUAAUGGCUUGAAUCCAAUAUACAACGAAACGAUAGAAUUCGACGUAAUUUGUCCUCCAAUGGCCUACAUAAGAUUUGCUGUUUAUGAUGAAGAUAUGUUCGGUGAUCCAAACUUCGUUGCUCAAGCUGUUUUUCCAUUUAAAAGUCUGAAAUUGGGUUACAGGUCAGUUCCUUUAAAGAAUGCGUACAACGAAGACUUGGAAUUAAGUUCUCUCCUGGUAUACUUAGAUGUAUUUAUGGAUGAAGACGAAGAUGUUUACACGAACAUCCACGAUCUUCGUAACGCGAUGGAAAAAAUCUCGACGCGGAUUGGUGAAGAAGCGUCGCAAAUCACGGUCCACGACGAAGCGGAGCCAUCAAUGAGCAAGAUGAUGAUGCUGGACGCCGAGUUCCGAGAAAAACAGAAUCAGCUUCAGACGUUGAUCGAACAAAGGAAAGAAAAAAAGCGUGGUGAAAGAUCUAAUACUAGGUCGAAUACCAGAACUUUGUAAUAAGCAAGACAAGACCCUGGCGGAAUUGUUUAUUCGAACAGACCGUCGAUGCCACAUGAUUGUAUUAAUUUAAACGUAAUUUUUAACUAUUUAUUCGAUAUUUGCUGUACAAGAUUCAUUCUAAUACGAAAUUUUACAAAUCAUCUACAAUGGAAAGUACUGA